AUGGAAGAGAAGAGUUUGGUGGCCAAUGUGAUUUUGUGCUUCUUGUUGAUUAUUUGGGUACAAGUGAUCACAAAUGCGGAUCGCAAGGAUGGUGAUUUUCAUCAGAAACUUGAGGUUCAGAAGCUGUUGAACAAGUUGAAUAAACCAGCUGUUAAGUCCAUCAAGAGUCCGGAUGGCGAUAUAAUUGAUUGUGUCUCUAUUUUGAAUCAACCUGCUUUUGAUCAUCCAAAACUCAAAAAUCACAAAAUGAAGUAUGCCUCGGUUUAUGUAAAAGGAGAUAGAUCAUAUUAUGGAACCAAGGCAACCAUAAACACAUGGAAUCCUAAUGUUCAGUUUGGCGAAUUUAGUUCCUCUCAAAUUUGGCGUAAAUACAAAUACCAUAGAAGCUGGUUGGUGGUUGAUGCUGGAGUUGCCGUUGGAGGACGCAUCACACCGUUUUCCAAAUAUGGUAAUGAUAAUGCUCAAGCUGCUUUCACGAUCUCCAUCUGGAAGGAUAUAAAAAGUGGAGACUGGUGGAUGCAAAAUGGUGCUGAUAAAGUUAUGGGUAUUGGCCUUCGUCUUUGUUCUUUACACUCUCUUACAAUGCAUCUCAGCAGUCGAGUGGGGAGGUGA